CCAAACUUACACCAACUCAAAGUAACGAUUGUACACCCCAAUUCAACUGCAAGUCACGUUCACAUACACAAACCAAGCACCCAGUCAUCUUCUGCAUUAAUCAAACAUUCUCAAUUGCUUUCACUACCCAGUAUAGAAUAAACAAUUUAUAAUAUCUUCAUAUAAUUAUACAUUAUACAAUACAAACCAUACAAUAACCAAUAUAAUAAUAUAUCGAAAUGAAUGGAAUCACAGUUGAUAUCAAUCAUUUGAAAAAGGGUGAAGUGAAUUUAGGUACUUCUAUUAUGGCUAUUAAUUUUAAAGAUGGUGUCAUAUUAGGAGCUGAUUCUCGUACUACUACCGGUUCAUAUAUUGCCAAUAGAGUUACUGAUAAAUUAACUCAAAUUCAUGAUACUAUAUAUUGUUGUAGAUCAGGUUCUGCUGCCGAUACUCAAGCUGUGGCUGAUAUGGUUAAAUAUCAUUUACAAAUAUUUAGUGCUCAAUUACCACCAGAUGAAAAACCAACUACAGAAAUUGCUGCUAAUGUAUUUCAAGAAAUUUGUUACAAUAAUAAAGAUAAUUUAACUGCCGGUAUAAUUUGUGCAGGUUAUGAUCCUAAGAAUGGUGGAUCAGUAUAUUCUAUUCCAAUUGGUGGAUCUAUACAUAAACAAGACUAUGCUAUUGCUGGUAGUGGAUCUACUUUUAUUUAUGGGUGGUGUAAUGAACAUUUUAAACCUUCUAUGGAAAAGGAUGAAUGUGUAGAUUUCGUUAAAACUGCAUUAAGUGAAGCCAUAAAAUGGGAUGGAUCAUCUGGUGGUGUAAUUAGAAUGGUAAUUUUAACAGCUACAGGUGUUGAAAGAUUAAUCUUCUACCCUGAAGAUUAUCAGAAGUAAAUAAAUUAUCAUAUAUUUUAAAUAAAUAAUAAAUUUACUAGUAAUUAUGUAAUUUAAUAAGUAAAUACAAUAUUACUUUUAUAAUUG